AUGCGCAUGAACUUGGACCAAAAGGGCCGUUUGGCGCAUGUUGAAGUUCGGAAGCCCAAUAACGAGAUCACAAAGGCGUGGCUCAAUAGUGACGCGAAGGCACUCGGGAUCAUUGCUAAAGGUGUGGAACUACAGCAUCAGACGAAGAUUCGAUUUGCUUCACGUGCCAUGCACGCAUAG